AUGGAUGGUAAUAAAUUAACAGCUACCGAAGAAAUUCAAGUGAUUCUACCGACUACAAACAGUGACAGUAAUCUCAUUGAAGAACUUUGCUUGUCCAAAGAAACGUCAUGUGGGUUGUGGUUUAUCAGAGGAAAAUGUUUGGAAAAAUUUGCAAAUAAAAAGGCUUACGUGUUUCUGUACGGUAUAUUAGGAUGCGCUUUUUCGGCCGCUUAUGCUUAUUUUAAUGGUACCAUUACUACUCUGGAAAAGAGGUUCAAAAUACCCAGCAGAACUACAGGCAUAAUAUCUGUUGGUAACGAUUUAAGUCAACUUCUAGUCUCUGUAAUUUUAAGUUAUUAUGCAGGAAGAGGACAUAGACCUAGAUGGAUGGCUUUGGGCAUGUACUCUGUUGUACUGUUCUGUUUGUUGUCCGCAAUGCCACAUUUUCUCUACGGAGGCGGUGAAGAUGCUCUCUCUCUAACUCUAGAGCACAAGGUUUAUAACAAUUCUACGCUUGACGAUAACAUAAAUGCUUUACAAAAUGCUGAAAAAGAUUUGUGUCUCGGAAAACAUAAAGCUAAUCUAAAUUGUCAUAAAGAAGAAGGAAACGUUUCUCCACAGCUCAUUUUAUUUCUUGCUCAAUUCGUUUCUGGGAUAGGAGGUUCUUUAUAUUACACCUUAGGAGUUUCCUACAUGGAUGACAAUAUCAGAAGAUCUAAAACACCCGCUCUUUUAAGUUUUACUUAUUUUAUUCGAAUGCUAGGUCCAGCUUUAGGUUACGGACUGGCGUCAAUAUGUUUAAAAUUAUAUAUAAACCCAACGUUAACUCCUACCAUUGACAAUCAUGAUCCAAGAUGGUUAGGUGCUUGGUGGUUAGGAUGGAUCAUUUUAUCUGUGGUGAUAUUUAUUUUGUCAACAUUGCUAGCAUUAUUUCCAAAGCAGUUACCUAGAGCCGCUGUCAGAAAGGAGUUACUAAAAAGGCAGAUAUCAAGACAAAUCUCUUCACUACAAUCAAAUAUAUCUUCGAGUAAACUGGAAGCUGAAUUACCACCUUCAUUUAAAGACAUGAUCAAAACCUUCAAAAGAGUAAUGAAAAACCCUACUUUAAUGAUGAACAAUUUCGCUGCUGUGUUUUAUUUCUUGGGAUACAUGCCAUAUUGGAUAUUUUUACCAAAAUAUAUAGAGACGCAGUAUAGACAAUCAGCUUCGGCUUCAAGCUUAAUAACUGGAAGUGUAGGACUGAUAUUUUCUGCUGUAGGAAUACUAGUCACCGGCAUACUUAUAUCUAAGUACAGACCGAAAGCUAGGAAAUUAGCAGCUUGGAACGUUGUAGUUGGAAUUACAACUGUCUGUGGAAUUGUGUCUUAUGCUUAUCUGGGAUGUUCAGAUUUAGAUAACAGUCUGUCUCUAUUAUCUAACAAAGACUUGAGCCCGAUAUCUAAAUGCAAUUUGGACUGUCAUUGCAACUAUAUGAAGUACAACCCAGUUUGUUCCCAAGACGGUAGAACAACAUACAUAUCGGCAUGUCAAGCAGGUUGCCGACAUGUCAGCAGAAUAAAUGGAUCGAAUGUAUUUACUGAUUGUACAUGUAUUAGAAAAGAUGAAACGGUCGCAUCCGAACCAAUGAUAAAAAUGAAAAAGACAUCUCAAGUAGAAAAAGGAUCGGAAGACGAGAGAAAAUCUGAGAGUGGGUUUGCGAUUCCCGGACGUUGCCAAGUUGAUUGUCUUACUCAAUUUUAUACGUUCUUAAUCGUCGUUUGUCUAUUAAAGUUUGUCGGAGCUACAGGGCGAACUUCCAAUUUUCUGGUAACAGUCAGAUGUGUAGAUGAUAAAGAUAAAUCAGUAGCAAUGGGAUUUGGACUGAUGUUGAUGAGCCUCUGUGCGUUCGUACCCUCGCCAAUUUUGUUUGGAGUUAUUUUAGACAAGGCUUGUUUGGUUUGGGGCAGGACUUGUGCAGGGAACGGGAACUGCUGGCUGUAUAAUGGCGAAACAUUAAGAUAUACCAUGAAUUUCACAGCUGCAACGUUUGUAUUCAUCGGCACCUUAUUUGACGUGGGGGUAUGGUACUUCGUCAAAGACUUAGAAAUAUUCGAAGAAGAAUUAGAACUACAAUUAGAAAAACCAAUUAAUUAA